GGGUUUGUAUAAGACCAUUUUUUGCUAAAAUUAAUUCUUUCCGAAUUAAAUGGGUGAACUAUAGAAGUUGGUACACCCUGUAUACUGACACUAAAACACAAUUUAACUUACGGAAUAUAAUAAAACGCAAAAGUUCAGACUUAAAGGAGUUAAAAUAAAGUGAAAAUAAGUGAAAAUUCAUGUCAAACAUUACUUUUCUAUGAAUGGAUAUGUAGGUAAUUUAAAACGGAAAUUAAACGAUAUAAAGGGUUAAUGUUCGUCUGCUAAGCUGGCUUGAAAUUCUUCAGAACAAAGUCCUUGUAGCGUAACUCUCCUUGUUGUUUAACGGAGCGUGAAAUAUUUGUCAUCCCAAUUAGAACAAUCCCAGGAUUUGGCAACGCCGGAUGUUCAGAGGUAAUUUUGGUUACGCCCUAGCACCAACGAUAGUUAUUCAUUUCCCCAAUUGGAAAAAUUGGUACAGAAACCACAUGUUCUUUAGAAACCACAUUUGUUAAUGCUUAUAAAUUUUCUUCUAUUGGCUUUUAUUUUUUUGAAAUGUUUUUUGAUGCGGUGAACAGAGAAUGACAUCAGGUAAAAAUAUUUUUGGAAAAGUGGCAAAAUUGAAAGAACAGUCGUGCGGGAGACGAACCAAUCAAUGUAAGUUGUAAGAAUGUGGUGUAAAGCUUUGCUUUUUCAAUAUUUAUAUUCACCGCACAAAGUGAAUGGUCAAAAUCGAUGAAAUUGUCGGCAAUUGGUCUAGCCGAUGUCUCAUUAGAAAGAAGUAUUGUUUUUAUUGAUCGAAUUGGUCCAGUUUUAAAAUUGUGUUCAUAAUCGGUUGGCGUUUGCUGUUUUUCGCCAUCGACGGACGUUUCUCAAUUGGCCGUCGACAGGCGGCUUCUCACGUUUAUAUCGAAUUGGAAGAAAGUGAAAGCAGUUCCGCACCUCGGAGAAGAAGAGACUUUCAUAACUUUCUCCCUUCUUCGCUCGAGUAAAUUCCCACUUGAAAUAGACACUCGUCGGUCCUCAAGACUUCAGUUUGCCGUGGUUCGUUCAGAGGACUUCAACGGAGUCGUCGGGUCGAGACUGAGAUCCAGAGAUACAGAUCGAAAGCUUUUGACAUGCCCGACCAAAUGUUGAGUGGUGAGCUGAAGGAGCUGGCGUUCAAGGACCUCCGCGAGGAUGACACCGUCAGGGAAGAGAGCCUGCGUCAGAUCAAAGACUGGAUCGAGAAAAACCCCGACAUUAAGUAUUGCCGAACAGAUACUCCGUUUCUUCUGAGGUUCCUCAGGACGAAAAAGUUCAGUGUACCGCUCACCCAAGCUAUGAUCGAACGUUACAUAGCCAUCCGUCAGCUGUAUCCAAACUGGUUCCAGAAGUUGGAUCCCCAGGACGAAAAGAUGAUGGGACUCAUAGAUGCCGGAUACUGCAUACCUCUCCCAGAGCGUGACGAGCUCGGACGCAGGGUGAUCCUGACGAACACCGGGGCGUUCGACCCGUCGAAAUACACGUCCGAGGACAUGGUCCGCAUGCACAGCUUAGUCGUCGAAUCUCUUCUGGACGAGGAAGAAAACCAAAUCAGGGGCUACACCCAGAUCUACGACGAGUCGGGGCUCACGAUGGCCCACCUGUCGAUCUGGUCGCUCAUAGACAUCAGAAACAUCAUUAAAUGCAUACAGAAUUCUCUACCUAUGAGGCAUAAAUCCACUCAGCUUAUCAACCUCCCUCCUUCGGCGGGGAAAAUUUUCGAGUUCUUCACCGCUCUCUUGAGCGAUAAGCUUAAGAAAAGGCUUGUGGUACACAAAAACUUGGACGAACUAAAGAAGGACAUCAGCGUGGAUAUCCUUCCCGCAGAGUAUGGCGGAAAGACGCCAAUGGCCGAAAUGAUCUCCAAGUUUAAGAAGGAGCUACUGACGAAAAGGGAAGCCCUCCUAGCUCUAGACAAGCUCGAAAUCGAUUUGGCCAAAUCCAAAGUCACCGAGGAUUUCGAGGACUUGAACGGAAUUUCGGGAAGUUUCAGAAAACUGGAAGUCGACUGAUUCUAAAAAAUUGUCAUCAAACUAUAUAUUUAUAUUUUAUUACUUUGCUUCUUAAACCUAUGUAUAAAAUGAGUGAUUUGACUAUUAUUAUUACUAUUUCAAUUGGGGAUUAAUAAAACGAAUAAUUUUAUUGUA